AAGUCAAAGUACGACCCUCUCUCAGUAUCAUAUACUGUCUUGUCAGGUAAGAACGGGUUUAUUUUAGUAACACAUAGGUUUUACUGAUUACUCACAACUAAUUCAUUAUAAAUGCAUUAAGAGAUAACUUAUACGAGAGUCAUUUCAUUAAUAGAGGAAGGCGGACAUUUUAAAUAUUAGCUCCCUGGAAGUCGUUCAAUGUUUUUGCUACUGAUUAUCCCAUGUAGAAAAUAUUCUCAGUUAGGGGUUGUCAGUUUGAUUUUCCUCUUUUCCUCCUGCUAAGCGUAUCGGCCGCACAAGGAGUUGGAAUGAUGUUUGUGAAGCUGCCUCGUCAAUCAAUCAAUCAAUCAAUCAAUCAAUCAAUCAAUCAAUCAAUAAUUUAUUUACCCACGUAAACGCCUAAGAGCACAAGUGCUCGUUCAAAAUACGCACGUGCAUUAAAGCUACAGUCAUAAUAAAAAUCUAGUGUUCAAAAAUAAUAAUAAAACUAUAUAUACAUACAAUCUAUAAUCUAUGUACACAUGAAUAUAAAAAAUUAUAAAAAUUCAAAAAAAAAAAUAUUAAUAAUUAUAAAUAUUAAAAAUUACAGCUGAGUCGACCUUAGCUUAGACUUAAAAAAUAUUAACAUUAUCGGGCAGCUUGACAUCUUUUGGAAGUUUGUUCCAUAAUUGAGCUCACUUGUAUGUAAAAGAGUUCCUCAUGAAAUUAAGAUUAAAUUUGGGAAGCAAAGAUUAACACCAUUUCUUAAAUUGUAAGACGUCUCUCUUAUGCUAAAAAAGUCUCUAAUGUAUUUCGGCCCUAUAUUGCUAAUGAAUUUAAAUAACAGGAUCAGAGAUUGCUGCUUUUUCCUACACUCUAAAGUGUUCAACUUACAUAUAUUCAAGAGUUCUUGGUAGGACAAUGGUUUCCCGUGCCCUGUUGCUUGCGUUGCUUGCCUCCACUUCUCUCGCUUCUCGAUUAUUCCGUUCUCCCUACUAAGCCUUGGGAAAGCCUGUGGACCAAAUGUGUGGGGAUUUCUAAACUGCACAGUCGUUUUAUAUCUUUAUCACAGAUAUUUGCCAGCCGAGAUGGAGUUAUUUUGGGGGCUACUGUUACUUCACAAGUGGUGCAUGCGCCUCGUGGCUGACCGCUGAGUCAAAUUGUUUUACGAUGAGUUCCAAUUUGGUAACGGUUCACAAUCAAGAAGAAAAUGUCUACAUUCAACACCGUCACAACGGAGAGAGAUCUUGGAUUGGGUUCAAUGACCGAAGUGUGGAGGGCUCCUUUGUGUGGACAAACAAAGAAAUAAGCAAAUUUAGGUUCUGGGCCCCACAGCAACCGAAUGACUGGAAAAACGAAGACUGUGUUCACACUCUUGGCGCCAAGCAUGGUUACACUUGGAAUGAUGUGCCAUGUACUAACUGUUACAACUACACGUGUUUUAAAGGUACUAAG